CUUUACAUUACUGUGUUGAAAAGAUUGAGCCAUACCGAUUAUUGUAUUGACUUUCAAUUAUCUCCAAAAUGUUAAUUAACAGAAAAUAAAGUUCUAAAUAAUAGUUGAAUUAAUUUAAUGCUAGCAAUUGCAGCGAGAACAUGAAAGCAAUGUCCCGCAGCUCAACAUUCCUCGGCUCCCCAGUCCUCCUCCCGCCGCCGGCCGCCACUGUCAGCCGCCGCACAGUAAAAAUGUCGGGCACCACCAACCCCAUCACAACCCUGACCAGACUCCUGUGGGGCCAAUCCCUACCCCCCAACCUCCUGGUGUCGACCGCCCGGUCCGCCUGGUCCGGCGCCUGGCACCUCAUGAUGUCCCAGCUCGCGCCGUCCGACUCCGGCGGCCGCUACACCCGCCCCACCUCCCCCUUCCGCCUGGCCGACCCCUCCUCCCUCCCCCGCCACACCCUCCACCUCUACGUGGGCCUCCCCUGCCCCUGGGCCCACCGCACCCUCAUCGUCCGCGCCCUCAAAGGCCUCCACGCCGCCGUCCCCGUCUCCGUGGCCGCCCCCGGCGCCGACGGUUUAUGGGAAUUUUCGGCCGCCGCCGCUGAGACGGGCGUGGUGGCCCCAGGUUUGGAUAGGGCGAAUGGGUGCAGAACUCUAAAGGAGGUGUACAAUCUGCGGCGCGGCGGGUACGGCGGCAGGUCGACGGUGCCGAUGCUGUGGGACGGCAGUAGCAAGGAGGUGGUUUGCAAUGAGAGCUACGAUAUCAUCGAGUUGUUUAAUUCCGGGUUGAACGACGUGGCCCGGAAUCCGGAUUUGGAUCUUGCUCCUCCGGCCUUGAAGAAAGAGAUUGAUCGGUGGAACAAGAUUAUCUAUCCCAGCGUCAACAAUGGAGUUUAUAGGUGUGGAUUCGCUCAGAGCCAAGAAGCGUAUGACAUUGCAGCAAAUGAGUUGUUCAGUACAUUGGAGAUGGUGGAGGAGCAUUUGGGAGGCAACAGAUACCUGUGUGGGGACACACUUACUCUUGCAGAUGUGUGUCUCUUCACCACGUUGAUCAGAUUCGACCUCGUUUACAACGUGCUCUUCAAGUGCACCAAGAAGAAGCUUGUCGAGUAUCAAAACCUCCAUGGAUACAUGAGGGACAUUUACCAGAUUAGUGGAGUUGCAGAAACCUGCAAUUUUGGAGCAAUAAUGGAUGGAUACUAUAAAACCCUCUUCCCGCUGAAUCCCAGCAGCAUUCGACCUGCCAUUCCUGCAGCAUGUGAACGUCAAGCGCUAGCCAAGCCUCAUGACAGAGACUUGUUAUAGCAAAUUACCUCAUUUUCUGCACUCUGUAUAUGCUUACUGAAGAGAUUCUUGUAUUCUGUGUUUCUAGACAGGUGCACUCAACUGAAUCAAUAAGUUUGAGUUACUUCUCUUCAUGUUUAUAUCAAUUCAAUAAUAUUUUGUUUGAUUA